UUUAACUGAAACCUAACCCGGACUUCCCCCUCUUGACUCAAAUAAGAACAAUUUUGGAUUUUCCCUCCCCUAUUGACCAAUCAGAUUCUGUUACCGGGCAGACUUUAGCUGCUGCCAGAGCAAGCCUGGCGCUUUCUGUCUCCGGGUGGCAGCAACGACCAAUCACAGAGCAGGCCGCCGGUGUAUCUAGGCAGAUCACGGCUGUUGCAACCAUUCAGAAAAAGGAAAAUAAAGCAACGCACGAGCCGACUGGGCCAGGACCGUGGGGCUGGGUUGGAGUGAAGGUGGCUGAGAGUUUGCAGAUUUAGGAGACUAAAUCUCCUAAAGGUGAGGCAGAUAGAAUGGAGAUGGCAAAGAUCUCUUUGGGCGAAGUAAUGGAAUAAUUUCUAAUUUUUGGAGAAGCCCUCAUGCUGAGAUGGCAGAAGAUGAGCCUGAUGCUAAGAGCCCCAGGACUGGGGGAAGGGCAUCCUCAGGUGGUGCAGAGGCUGGGGAACCUACCACCCUACUUCAAAAGCUCCGAGGUACCAUUUCCAAGGCCGUGCAGAACAAAGUAGAGGGAAUCCUGCAAGAUGUACAGAAGUUCUCAGACAACGACAAGCUGUAUCUCUAUCUUCAGCUCCCCUCAGGGCCCAGCACUGGAGACAAGAGCUCGGAGCCAAGUACGCUCAGCAAUGAGGAGUACAUGUAUGCCUACAGGUGGAUCCGAAACCACCUGGAAGAACACACAGACACCUGUCUGCCAAAGCAAAGUGUUUAUGAUGCCUAUCGAAAGUAUUGCGAGAGUCUUGCCUGUUGCCGCCCACUUAGCACUGCCAACUUUGGCAAAAUCAUCAGAGAGAUCUUCCCUGACAUCAAAGCGAGAAGGCUAGGAGGCCGGGGUCAGUCCAAAUACUGCUACAGUGGCAUACGAAGGAAGACCUUGGUGUCUAUGCCACCCCUGCCUGGGCUUGACCUUAAGGGUUCUGAGAGUCCAGAAAUGGGCCCAGAAGUAACCCCAGCACCUCGAGAUGAACUGGUGGAGGCAGCCUGUGCCCUGACCUGCGACUGGGCAGAGAGAAUCCUGAAACGCUCCUUCAGUUCCAUUGUUGAGGUCGCCCGCUUCCUGCUACAGCAGCACCUCAUCUCUGCCCGGUCUGCACAUGCCCAUCUACUUAAGGCCAUGGGCCUUAUUGAAGAGGAUGAACAUGCCCCUUGGGAACGGUCGUCUAAAUCUAAGAAUGGCGUGGACAGCCUAGAGGGUGGAGCCCUUAAGAAACCAGAGAGACCGGCCCAGCCUCCUAAGGAGCUGGAAUCCCGGGCUGGGGUUGGGCCUUCAGGGCGUGGAGAGCGGAAGAAGAAUAUAGUUGAGAGUUCUGCCCCAGCAGCCAGUAACCCGCAGGUUAAUGCUCUAGUGGCCCGACUGCCUCUGCUCCUUCCCCGGGCCCCUCGCUCACUUGCUCCACCAAUCCCAGUCUCUCCACCCAUCCUGGCUCCCAAGCUUUCUUCAGGUGCCCUAAAAGUAGCUACCCUGCCUCUGUCCAGUAGGGCUGGGGGACCUCAGGCAGCUGUCCCCAUCAUUAACAUGAUCUUACCAUCCGUUCCUGCUCUGCCUGGGCAUGGGCCUGGGCGAGCUCCACCUGGGGGGCUCACUCAGCCACAGGGCACAGAGAACAGGGAGGUAGGCAUAGGUGGUGACCCAGGACCCUAUCACAAGGGUGUCAAGAGGACAGCUGAAGUACCUGUGGGUGAGGCCAGUGGGCAGGACCCACCAGCUAAAGCAACAAAGCAGGAUAUAGAGGAUACAGCAAGUGAUGCCAAAAGAAAACGGGGGCGCCCUCGAAAAAAGUCAGGUGGAAGUGGGGAAAUGAAUUCUACCCCUGAGAAGUCAGCAGCUGCCAUGGAGUCUGCCCUGUCCUCAAGGUUACGAGGGGAGGUGUGGGGCUGUAGAAGGGAAAGCAAUUCAGUGGGAGGGCCAAAGAGGCCAGGACCAGUGGGAGAGGCUGAGAAGGGGCCAGUGCUUGCCCAAGAUCAGGAAGAUGGUGCUGUUUCCAAAGGAGGAAGGGACCCCCGUUCCCGGCAUGCCAAAGAUGCAGAAGAUAAAAUUCCUCUUCUCCCCUCAAAAGUGAGUGUUAUCAAGGGCAGUAAAAGUCAAAAGGAGCCUCUGCAGUUGGUAAAGGGAGAGGUAGGCCCCACAGUGCAGGGUGAUAAAGACUUAAAGGGGCAUGUGCUUCAAAGUUCCCAUGAGCGUAAAGACCCCAAAGCAACACCCCCCUGACAGGUCUGUGGGGAAGAUUGUUUAUAUCCAUAUGUUAACUCUACCUGUCUGCCUUGCAGAGGCCCUUCUCUGCACUUGCUUCUUAUUUGACUAUUCUUUUUCUAAGGGAGUCCAUUCUCCACUGCAUACACAGCUGAGUCACCCAGUCUCACAAGUGCCUAGCUGCUGCCUCUGAUCUUUUCAGCUUGAUACCCUUGGCUUUAGUGUAAACCAAUAAAUCUGUAGUGCCCUUCUUACCUGGAUCCUUGUGCUAUCCUGUGAGACGAUAGGGAUGGGGUAAGUAUGAUGAAUGUAUAGAUGAGGGGUCUUUUGGAUUUAAAUCAUAGAAAACCUAACUCAAAUUGGCUUGAGUUAAAGAGGCUUUAUUGGCUCAUGUACAUGCAACUGGAAAGUCCAGAGGUAGGGCUGGCUCCAGGUGAAGCUUGAUACAGUGGCUCAGUCCAUCUCUAAAUACCUGAUUGAUUGUUCUUUCUCAUGCUCCUCCUUCCUUAUGACCAUCAUAAGCCUGGACCACCUCAUGGCUGCAACCAUUCCUAGGGUUACAUGUGUCCCCAAUUCUGUCCAACCAGAUUCUGCACCAGGAAACCCAGCAUAAGUCCCAGAUUCACUCUGGCUAGGGAGCCUAGGUCACAUGUUCACCCCUGACCAAUCACUAUGGCCAGGACGAUGGUCCAUGCUAAUUUGCUUAUUCUACAAUCAUAAAGACUACACCUGUGUGGACUGGGGAUAGGAUUGGCCUCCUUGGGAUCACAAAUUCCCCAGAUGGAAACUGGGGGGUGGGGGUGGGGAGGGUGCUAACAUGCUGUGGAGGGCAUGUACUUCUAGCUUCCUAGGCUGUGAUUAGCUGUCCCUGCUUCCUUUUCCCCUCAGUUAUGCAAUUUCUGCUGCAGCUGUCACCUCUUGACCUCAGAAGGAAGGAGGGAGGUCACUCUCCUGUGGGGACUCUCUUCAGUCUAAUUUAGAUGACAGUCUUUUUUUUUGUUCUUCUACCUAUAUUUCAGAGAUGGAGCUCCUUUCUUUUCCUGUGUCUUAAUUUUCAUUUUUUCCUCAUUCUUGCUUCCUUAUCCCUCGCUCUUCCUUAUCCCUCCCCCACUUUCACCAACUAAGGAGAAAGAUUCUCUUACUAGUCAUUUCAUUAAAUUCAUUCUGUAUCCACCAGGUGUCCGUCUGUUGUCACAUGUGGCAGGACUUCGCCAGCACUGUGGGGCUUAGGCUAGAAGUAGGGAGGGAGGUACUCAGGAGGUGUCAGGGAGCACCAAAGGGAAGGGAACCCAGGCCGUUGGUUUGUGUCCUUCGGAAAAGCCGUGAACAAAGCAGUAUUUAUCGAGGACUUAAACUUUGUCCUCUAUAUAGGGUAGCUUCUGUCAGGGAUUCUUGGUUCUUCCCAAGAAACACAGAUCUUUCAGGGAAACUUCAUUCAUUUGUUCCUUUAUUUACACCACAGCAGAUUUAAAGAAAUUAUAAUAUGUAAUAUUUGUUAUCUAUAAAGAAUAUAUGUAAUGAAUAAAUUAUGAAUAUAAUAAAAUGAG